AUGGGGGAUGGGCUUUUCCGCUGUCUGGAUUGUGAAGAAGUCUUUGGGGAGGAGGCGGCUUACCAGGAGCAUCAACAUGAGCACAUCCAUGAUGGCCCAAUAGUCUGCCUGGACUCUGACUCCCAUUUGGAUGGCUUGCUUGUUUCAGAGACUCUAGAUGCUCACCGCCGUUGUCAUGAGGUCAAACUAAUCCCAAAGUCCCGCAAAAGGGAUGCAGAGAAGCAACCACCCGCAGAGGAGCCUGCCAUUGCAACAGAGGACAGCAACAAAGCUUCUGAACAGGGGCCAUUGUCUACCCACAGGACACCUCUUCAGACCCUUGUGACCGAGAGAGACCCCUGUUUCUGUGAAACUGAUGGGGAUGCAGAGGCUGAUGGAACUGAUGAUGUCAAUGUAGAGGUGAUCAGUAUAAGUGCCUCAGAUGGCUCUGUAAGGGAUGAAGAAGAGUCACAACAAGAACUCAACCCUGAUCUUGAAUUACUGUGUGAAUCAGACCAGGAGGGAAAAGAGGAGAUGGAUGCUGUGUUGUGUCCAACGGAGUACAUUUCUAGUACACUUAAGUCUAAACCAGAGAUUGAUCUGAAAAUUGUACAAAUUGACUUUCCGCCAUUUGCAGGCGAAGGAACUCAAACGGAGAAGGUUCAGGGACUAGACCCACCUAAAAGAUUUAACUGUCCUGAGUGUUACCGCUGGUUUACCAGUGUUGCAUCUUUGCGCUCUCACAAACUGUGGCACAGAGUAGAUGGCAAAAAACGAUGGAAUCCUGAAAAUGAUAUUUUCAAGUGCGUUUGUGGGUUUGACACUACACAUCGGAAAACGUACCACAAUCACAUGCGAAAACACGAUGGCCGAAAACCCCACAAGAGUGUAUUUUACCAGCUUGCCGGACUACAGAAGAAUAGCUUCAAAUGUGAGGUGUGUGGAAAGUGUUUCUCACGCAUGUCUGCACUACACUCUCAUCAGCAACAGCAUCCAAAAAACAAAGCUCAUCCAUGUCCAGAUUGUGAGAAGACUUACUCUAAUGCCAGUGGUUUGUACAACCACCGCAAAAGCUGCCACGCUCCAACCCCCACCCCAGAUGAAGUAUCAGACACUAAAACUGAAGUGUUUAAUCCAAAGAAGACUUUAUUAGGCCCAACGGUUUAUUGUGAGCGAUGUGGGAAGGGCUUCUGGUCAUUGGGUGCUUACGCUCACCACAAGCAGAAUCAAGCUCAGUGUGCACAUUUGAAGGAGAAGAAUGAGCCAACAGUGUCUUCACAUUCUGUCAAUGGCCCUCCACAUGUUCGUGGUAAAGUUGCUUGCCCUGUAUGCAGAAAGAAAUUUCGUCACCAAGGCAUUAUGAAAUCUCAUAUGAGGAAGCACGAGAAUGGGAAUCAUAGAUGUGAGCUUUGUAGCAAGUCUUUUCGCAUGUUCUCAAGCCUCCUCAGGCACCAGGUUGUACAUAAUGCUCAACUCCUCCCGCCUCCUAUCAAGUCUUUUCAACAUCAGGUAGAACAAGUGAAGAAGAACGCAUACAGCUGCCCUGAUUGUGGAAAACUGUUUUCACGAGCCAAGGCACUUAAAUUCCACAUGAAGAGCCAUGGUUAUGAGACCGACUACUCUGCCUCAUCGCCUAAAUCUGCUCUUGAGCUAGAGGGGCUGAAGUGUUCAACAUGCCUUUCCCAUUUCAGCAACAAAUCUUCAUUGCACACUCACCAAAAACAGUGUGGCAAGAAAAAGACUUUCAUUAAAAGCCACAAGGAGGAUAUUGUCCAACAUGACACAGCUCCUAAAGUGAAGAAGCUCAAUUGUCCCUCCUGCCCUUCUCUUUUCAACAAUUUACUGUCAUUGCAGUAUCAUCGAAAAGAAUGUGGCAAGCCGAGGGCAGUUGCAGGCUUGGAUGUCAAAGUGAAAGGAGGGAUAGAGAAGGUGACAAAGUGCAUUGUCAAAGACCUUGUGAAACAACUCUGUCAAACAACUCGGGCACUGAGAAAAUGACUAAAUCUGUUACUGAGAAGGAACGCGGUGAACAAAAGGAGACCAAUGAGUCCCUAACCUUGAAGAAAGCUGCCACAAUCAACACAACUGAUC